AGGUCCUCUCGCGCUAUGACGGCCAGUGCGGAGGCGCGGGGGCGGCGCCCAGGAGUCGGAGUAGGAGUAGUGGUGACCAGCUGCAGGCAUCCUCGCUGCGUCCUCCUGGGGAAGAGGAAAGGGUCAUUUGGAGCCGGCAAUUUCCAACUUCCCGGGGGCCACUUGGAGUUCGGUGAAAGCUGGGAAGAAUGUGCUCAAAGGGAAACCUGGGAAGAAGCAUCUCUUCACUUGAAAAAUGUUCGCUUUGCCUCGGUUGUGAAUUCUUUCGUUGAGGAAGAGAAUUACCAUUAUGUCACUAUUUUAAUGAAAGGAGAGGUGGACAUGACUCAUGAUUCAGAACCAAAGAAUGUAGAGCCUGAGAAAAAUGAAAGUUGGGAGUGGGUUCCUUGGGAAGAAUUUCCUCCCCUGGACCAGCUUUUCUGGGCACUACGUUGUUUAAAGGAACAAGGCUAUGAUCCAUUUAAAGAAGAUUUGGAUCAUCUGGUCGGAUACAAAGGAAAUCACCUAGAGGUGAACAAGGAGACUCCCUGAUUUUUUUUUUUUUUAA